AGCACUCAGUUCGUCCCUACCGAGGGUGAAACACAACGCGCGCGACUGAGACUCGAGAGAGAGAGAGGGGGUGGCAGACUGGCAGUCAGACUCAGUAGUGCCUCAGACGUCGAGGUGUUUGGAUGUGGUCGUGUGUGAUCGUAGCCCUUGUUGACCUCUCUCGUUGGUUCGCUUAUCUCUUGCACUAAUGCCUUUCGCAUGUGAGUGAUAUCACCUGUGCCCCACUGGAGUGUUAUUGCUUGGCUUUCCUCGACGCCAGUGAAAUGACAGAUGAGAGUCCUGUGAGUAACCUUCAACAUAUGAGAAGACACGGAAUGGUGAAGUGAGAGAUUCCUUAGAAGAACUCAAUGAUUUCGAAAAAGGAAUGACUGAAAAGAGACGAAGAAGAAGUGAAAAACAACAGUAAAGGAAGGAGAGGGAAUCUAUCAAAUUACACUUACAGUGUGCUACCGUUUGCAGAAUACUGAGGCCUUACCAAGAUGAAAGAAGCGUUAAUAAUCACCCCGGCCCCUUACACUAGAGUUUCCUCCUCAUCUUCUUCUUCUUCUUCCUCUCCUACUUCCUACCUUGGGUCCCGAAUGAGACCGUUUCUGCUACCUCUUCUCUCCUUCCUUCUCGGUGCUCUGGUCCUCCUGCAGGCCUUGUCCUUCUUUUUCCUGUUCGAACGCCUCGAAACCGUCCGGGUGAGGCUUGACAGAGAGGCCAUGGAGACGGGGAAGAGGGAAGACUUCAUCAUUCGGGAAGUCGAACUCCUCAAAGGACAGCUGCUGGCUUUGAACGAGGGCAACGCCCUGCGCACCCAAGAGCCCCUCCCUCGUUCCCCUCCGUACCCACCACCAGUGACGAAUCCCCACGUGGCCCUUCCCUCGAAAUCGUCGUCGUCCGCCACGUCUGCCAGAGGAGGCGAGAAGCCCCUGGAGAGUCACAGGGCUCACGGGCGAGUGAAGCGACAGGCUUCAGAGACGUCCUACGGAGUCAAUGGUGGUGGAGUCAACGGCCAGGAUGAACUCAGCGUCCAUUUGCACAAAGAGGACACCGAAAACAGGAGCGAAGUCGACCAAUCAUGGCUUCAGCUCACAUCCUACGCAAGAAUACCGUACAAUGCAAUCCAGGAGUUCUGCAGCCAAACAAGGGAAUCGUGCCCACCCGGACCACAAGGACCCAUAGGACCCUCUGGAGAACCAGGACUACCAGGGAGAGACGGCGCAAGAGGCGACCCGGGACCACCUGGAAAGACUGGGCCUCGAGGCUUGACUGGUUUACCAGGACCCCAAGGAGAGUCCGGUCCUCGAGGAUUCAAGGGAGAAAUUGGAAUGCCAGGUAGACAGGGGCUAGACGGUCGAGAUGGAUUGCCAGGAGAACCAGGACUUGACGGGAUCCCUGGGCGGAAUGGAUUCGACGGAAUGCCCGGAGUUGAUGGUAUUCCAGGCUUCGACGGGACGCCGGGAAGGAAUGGAACGGAUGGAAAAGACGGUAGAGCCGGAGAGAAAGGGGAGAGAGGAUUCGCGGGACCUCGAGGAAAUCCAGGGAUUGCUGGACCUCGAGGUAGAAAGGGGAAGGAUGGCACCCCUGGUACCCCGGGCUCUCCAGGAAUAACGGCCUACAGGGUGAAUGGAACAGACGCCAGUAAAUUACUUGUACCGCCUUCUAUACCUGGCUCUACAUACGCCAGACCAAGACGCCGUAAGCCGGUGAUAGUACGCGAAGGAGACAAUCUGCGUCUGCGUUGUCAAGCCACUGGGGAACCGACGCCCCACAUCGAAUGGAGUCGAGUCGACGGUGGGGUCAUACCGACCGGGAAAUGGAGAGAUGGGAGUCUCAACAGCCACAUUUUGAAUCUAACUCACGUCCACCGAGAACACACAGGUAUCUACCAGUGCGAGGCCUACAAUGGAAUCCCACCCAAUGACUACAAGACCUUCAACGUCGAAGUUCAUUUUGACCCGUACAUCAGAGUGAACCAGUGGAAGGUAGGCACCUAUAACGGGUCGCAUGCUAGACUGGAGUGUCAUGUAGAGGCCUUCCCGGUAGCUGUGACGUAUUGGGAAGAUCAGAUUGGUCGGAUUCUUGACAACACCACCAAAUACAAGAUAGAAUACCAUCAGGACUACAAUUUCGUCUGGAAGAGCAAGAUGAUACUUGAUAUACGAGACAUAGAGCACAAUGACUUUGGAGACUACCACUGCAUCGCCAAAAAUGAAUUGUCCCUGACAAGAGGGCUCGUGAAGGUUCAUGAAAUUGACCCAACUCUGUACAUUCCGUCAACGGGAACCGUUGACGGGUUGACCUUCGGCCCUGAUCCUCCACGAUUUGUCGACCUGUACGAUGACCUCUGUCCACCCCCACCGAACUGCCCCGAGUGCCCCAAAACCCCGAAGUGCGCUGAAGGAAGAGGAGUCCUCUUUGGGAUCCGAGUGGAGCCCUUCGGGAACGACACCUACCCUGGAUUCAAGAACAGAAGUCUCGACUGUUUGCUUUCCGCGGUCGGCAAGCCUGUUUACCACAGACACACCGACUCACCCUACGGAUCCUGGAUGCGAGAUCCCCACCCCAAGGACCCCCACGCAGAGCCCAAGUUUUGGACGACGGACCACAGGAGCCCCAAGAUACUGUACGAAUUCGCCGACAAGAACAGCUACAGGAAAAAUCACCCGACGAAGACGCACCGACUCAAUCAUGCGUUCUCGGGCAAUUCCCAUGUCGUCUACAACGGGUCCUUUUACUAUCACGUGCAAGACCAACCAGUCAUCAUGAGGUACGACCUCAACUCCGGAGCCGAGAAGGACUUCGUGGUUCCCCAGCUGUCUGUCUACGAAGGACGCUACCUGUACAAUGGAGGCAUCAACUACAUCGAUUUCAGUACUGACGAGAACGGGCUCUGGGCUAUUUACGGACUUCCCUCAAAUAACAACACUGUGGUCAUGAAAAUAGACCCUUGGGCGAUGGAGGUCGAGUAUAUCUGGAACAUUUCCAUAAGCCACCACAAGUUCGGAGAGCUUUUCAUCACCUGCGGGGUCCUGUAUGCUAUCGAUAGCACGACGCAGAGAGACACCAAGAUCAGAUUUGCACUGGACCUUUAUCGAAAGACAUUCUUGGAUGUGGAUUUACCAUUCAACAAUCCAUUCAGAAAUACUACAACGCUUGGGUACAACCCCAAAACAAAGGAGAUCUACUCUUGGGACAACGGUAACCAGCUGACUUACCCAAUCAAAUACAACGACAUAGGAUAUAACCCCCCCCUUGAGGAACGCACCAGGCCGGAAGCUUCGGCGCAUCUGAUGGACUACGAAAUCGAUUACGAAGUCGACCCCUUAACAGGAAGCUAACAUUCCCUUCAUUCAUUGGGGACUGGUUAGAAAGAAGGCUUCGUCCCUCUCUCUCUCUCUCUGACGGCAGACGGAAGUAGAUUUUUCAAGGGCAGAUGGUCUCUGAGAGAGAAAGCACUGUUCCAGUGAAUUUCUUUCUUUUUGUUUUGGGUUAUUUUGGCGGAAGGACCAUAACGGUGAGUGGAAAUCUAUGGUGCUGGCUUUGCACAUAUUCGUACAUAUCUGUAUUUAGACUUUUUUUUCGAGCAUUAAAGGAAGUGUGUCUAGGAUUCUUCACAAGGGAGAAUUUCUUCUUACCCGUAGACUAAUUAUUGUGUGCAAGUGGAAUACUGGGAUUGUACUCUAGACGGAAAGUGGCCAGAUCUUUAACAUUUUGGGGUCAAUAAGGCAAAAAAUAUCC